AUGACCAAUACACAUAAGUCUGGCAAGAAUUCUGAUCUCUCGGAUGCUCCUGGGAAUCCUACAAAUCGUUACAUUGACAACAUUGGACAGCAAGCCAACACCAGCGACACUGGUUCGGAUUUUGAAGAUCAUCUUGACGACAUCAUUGACGAUAGUCAACAAGACCCUUCAUUCCUUGACUCGCAAGAAAGCCAAACCAAAAGACAGAGAUACUCUACAAUAUGGAAUGCCGUCGCCGAGGUCAAUCAUAAAGGCUAG